AGGACAUGAUGGAGGCCUUUCUAAUGGACCUCUCGUCUGUCGUCAGCCUCUCCAAGCUCCUCGUCGUCCGGCUGACCUGGAAACACAGUUACGUUCUGGUAAAUUCUCUUAUCGACGACUGGUCGGUGUCCAGAGACGAGCGGCAGCGCGAUGUGAUGCUGAGGUACACCAACGUCGGCAGGGUCGUCUCCCUGACGAUGUUGUACUUGGCUUACGCGUCAGGUACGUCUUUCCUCUUCAUGGCGGUGCCGUUCGACGUGCUGCUGCCUUGGCUGAACAUUUCCAAGCCGGAGUAUAACGGCACGACCGUGUCGACGUAUUUCUUGGCGAGCUACUGCGUGUUCGGCUCGUUGCCCACCAUCAGUCAUGGCUGUGUGCUGCUACUGCAGGUGGCGCAGAUCUUCGUGAACGCCACCUCGCACUGCGGCAAUGACGGCUUCUUCUUCGGCUUGGCGAUGCACCUGUGCGGCCAAUUCGAGGUGCUCGAGAUGGACUUUGCCGAGCUCGACGUGAGGAAGCGCGCCUGCCACAGGAAGAUGGGCAUGUUGAUCGGCAGGCAUUGCCAUCUGAUCAGGUUGGCCGACAGUCUCGAGUACGCCUUCAACAUGGCGAUCUUCGCGCAGACCUUGAUGAGCGUGCUGCUACUUUGCGUGGAAGGCAUGCAACUGAUCAUCUCGUUGAAGCUGCACGACAACAUCGCGGCGAUCAAGCACGUCGUUCUGAUCCUGACGAUGCUGGUGCAGCUGUACCUCUACUGCUACGCCGGCGACCAGCUGGAGUCCGUCACCGAGAGGCUGUCGUAUAGCGCUUACAGCACCGUGUGGUACGAAUUCGAUGCAAAGCUCAUGAGAAACCUGCCGAUAGUGAUGCUGCGCGGCAGGAUACCGCAUCAGAUCACGGCCGGCAAGUUCCUACCUAUGAAUGUAUUCUCGUUCAAGGAGAUCCUGAAAGCCACAUGCUCCUACAUCUCCGUUCUCAGGGUUAUGAUAGAUGUGUGAUACGAAAUAUAAUGCUGGCACACACAACACACGCACACACACGCAC